AUGAUCCUUUGCCAAUGCAUCUUGCUGGCGCUACCUCGUUUGACGGUUAACUCUACGACGCACUUGGAGCUCCACGGGUUCUUGGAUGCCUCAAUAAAGGCGUACGCUGGCGCUGUGUACUGCCGCUUCAAGGGUCCAGAUAACACGUUCACUAUAUCAUUGAUGGCCGCCAAGACACGAGUGGCACCUCUGAAGCAGAUUUCGCUGCCUCAGUUGGAGCUGUGCGGCGCUCUAUUGUUGACACGGCUAAUGACAAUUCUAAACGUGCUGCCGCAUAAAUCUAUAACAACAUACGCCUGGUGCGACUCAACCGUUGUAUUGGCUUGGCUGUCUCAUCCCUCUGUAAGGUUGAAAACGUUUGUAGCAAAUCGAACAGCUGAGAUUUUGGAAACUUUGCCACGCAGCGUUCGGAGCCACGUCGAGUCGAGGGAAAAUCCAGCUGAUUGCGCGUCAAGGGGAUUGGCAGCCUCUGCAAUUGUGGAUUUCAAUCUCUGGUGGAAGGAGCCUCCUUGGUGUGGCGAUGAAAAGCGCACUCGUAAGCUGGUGUUUGAAACCAAUCAUCAAGAACUACACCAGAUCCCGGAAGCCAAUGCUGAGAUGAAGAGCAGUGUACUAAGCUCAGUGGCUACGGAAUCUCCACUUAGCAGUUCAUUUGACACAUUGAUGCAACGUUCAUCAUCAUGGCAGUGGCUCGUUCUAGUUACAGCCUAUGUUCUACGCUUUAUUCGCAAUGCUCGGAAGACGUCAUGCAGGCCUGACGUUAAAACACUUUCGUUCGAUGAAAUCAAGGAGGCGCGCGUCCUUUGGCUACAACAGGUUCAAAGCUGUUUCCAGGAAGACAUUCAGCAAUUAAAACGAAAUGAUGAGAUGAGUUCGCAUUCAAAGCUUUUGCAGUUAGCUCCGUUCGUUGACGAGUUCGGCCUACUACGGGUAGGUGGGCGGAUUCGAAAUUCAGAAUUGCCAGCGGAAACACAUCAUCCGGUUAUCUUCUCAAAGGAACAUCGUGCAACGGAACUCAUACUUAUCGACGAACACAUUCGUAAUUUACAUCCAGGAGUCUCAGCGUUGUUGUGA